AGCGGGAGAAGAUGGCGGCGCCGCUCAACCAGCAACAACAACAACAGCAACAACUGGCGGCCCAGGCCCAGGCCCAGGCCCAGGCUCAGGCUCAGGUUCAGGUCCAGCAACAGCAGCAGCAGCUCGUCCAGGCCCAGCAGCUGGCCGCAGCUCAGGCCCAGGCCGGUCAGCCGGCGUUGCCACAGCAACAACAACAACAGGCCCAGCAACAGGACGACCCUGUGGCCAAAUUCAAACUCCUGAUCCCGCAGCUGAAGGACUCUCUUCAGAAUCUCAUGAGGAUUGCAGCCCUGAACUUGUCCCAAAACACAACCAUAGACAACGGACAGAAGAGCAAUGACACAGCACUGCAGCGGUUUGAUAAAAGCUUAGAAGAGUUUUACGCCCUCUGUGAUCAGGUGGAGUUGUGCCUGAGACUGGCUUUUGAAUGUCUUUCCCAGAGCAUCGACAGUUGCAAACACUCGCCUAACCUGGUUCCCACUGCAACCAAGCCAGACACCGUGCAGACAGAGAGCCAGUCGUACACUCAGUACCUCAGUAUGAUCAAGUCGCAGAUCUCCUGUGCCAAGGACAUUCAUAAUGCCCUCCUGGAAUGCUCAAAGAGGAUUGCCAGCAAGGGGCAGAUCUGAGUGGCUCCGGGAUGCCUUCAAUCCCAUUCAGGCAUUUUUCCUUGAAUGUGCAAUUCCAGGACUCCAGGCUCGAGCUGCCACAGCGUCUCCCGUCUCCCGUCUCCUGGUGGAUUCAGACAUGGUCACUCCGGGGCGGGGC